AUGGCCAAGAGAAGAACAAAGACCAGAACUCACACCAAAGUUUCAGAGGAAGAGCUUGCCAAAAUACCUCGCUCUAUGGUCCUUAGACUUGGGAGUUCAUUGAAAAAUCAUUCUCUUUCUCAACUUGUUAAGGAUUUCAGAAAUGUAAUGCAACCACAUACCGCUAUAAAUUUACGUGAAAGGAAAGCCAACAAGUUGAAAGAUUUUAUCGUCAUGGCUGGACCCUUAGGAGUGAGUGAUUUGUUCGUAUUCAACCAAUCAGAAGAUAGUGGAAACGUCAGUUUAAGAAUUGGUAAGAUGCCCAGAGGACCUACCCUUCAAUUCAAAUUGAAUAGCUAUUCUUUGGCUAAGGAUGUGCGUAAGAUAUUGAAGCACCCAAAGUCCAUGGGAAAAGAUUGUAGUGAAUUUUUAGCACCACCUUUGCUUGUUCUUAAUGGGUUCUCUGUGAACGAAAAUACACCUAACCACGAGAAGUUGUUGGUGACUGUCUUACAGAACAUGUUCCCACCAAUUCAACCUCAACUGACCAAAGUUAGUGGGAUUAAGAGGGUCUUGAUGAUUACCAAAGAUGCUGAGCUGGGUGAAAUCGAAUGGAGACAUUAUGCCAUCAAUACCAAGUUGGUUGAUGGAAGUAGGAACGUGAAGAAAUUAAUCAACAGUCAUCACAACUUGAAGAAAAGUUUGCCCAAUUUAGGAAAGGCCAGUGACGUCAGUGACUUGUUAUUGGAUCCUUAUGCCGUCGGAGGUAUAACUAGUGAUUCAGAAGUAGAGGACGAUGCCAUUGUAGAGAUCAAGGCUGAACAAGAUGCAUCUGCCAUUAGGAAGCCAUCCACUGGGCCAAAGCCAGAUGCAGAAGCAGAAGAAGAACCUGUACAGUCCACGAGGAAACGUGCUAUCAAGUUGACUGAACUUGGACCAAGACUCAGCAUGUCAUUAUCGAAGAUCGAAGAAAACUUAACUGGAUCAUCCAAGACUAUCUAUCAUUCCAGAAUCACAAAGAGUACCAAAGAAGAGCAAGCCUUGGCAAAGAAACAUGCAUUGAACGAAAAAUUGAAGCUUGAAAGAAGAGCCAAGCAAAAGGCUAACGUUGAAGCUAAGAAUAGAAAGAAGGAUGAGAGAAAAGCCAGAAGAAAGGCACUCAAAGAGGGCGGUGAACUUCCAGCAGGAGAAGAUGUUGCAAGUGGUGAAGACAGCAGUGACAGUGAUGCUCCAGAUAUCAAGGCUGAAGAUUACGAGAACGAUAGUGAUUUGUAUAGUGAUGUUGAGUAG